AUGAAGUCGUUGGCGGACCUGUUCCGUAGGUGCGCUGUCCUAUCGCAACAAGACCGCGAUGCAAUGCUCAGUGGAAUCCACCAGAAGUGGGAUGCUGAAGCAGUGGAAGAGUACGGCAAGUGGCGCACCGUGAAGAUGGAGGAUGGUGACACAUACUAUCUCAACUCAGUGACGCGCGAGGCGAUGUGGGAGAACCCAGCAGGCGUUUUCUUGCCAGGCCACUACAUGCGAGUCAAGGCCAUUGAGCGACUCCGCGACCACGGCUAUGUGAAAGGCCUUGGCAGCAGAGCGUGCAUCGCAUUUUCCAGCUGCAGCUUGGAUCGCGAGAUAGAUGACGAAUCCGAGCCUUCAGAAUGGAGAUUGGACUUGGAAGCUCCUGAAACACCCUGGGUCAGCUGCGCGUGA